AUGGCUUCUCAAGCCGGUCCAUCUGCCUUAAAGGCUUCUCACAAUCCUCAAAUCACUCAUAGCAAUCAAGCAGCUACCGCCUUGUGGAAGAAGCGUUUCGAAAAGAGACAUUUUUCUUCUAAUCCUGUCAUUGCCAAAUUAGAUGUGGAAUGCAACGAACUCGCCCAGACUUGGAAUAGAUUCCAGGAAAACCUACCAUCCCCCGAUCAAGUCCAGUUGCAGGAACGUCUGCAAGAGUCCGACGAUGUCUUGGCAGUGGUGCGUGAAGUACAGACUGUCUGGGCAUCUCGCCCUCGCCAGCGAGUCUUCCGUCGGUCGAUGACUCUCUGCGAUCAAUUCGUUGCUUCCUUCAAUCUGCACCUGAUGCUGUUGUCCGCCCUCCCUCGCAACGAGGCUUAUCUCGCUCUCUUCUAUGGUGUCUUGCAGUCUGUCAUCAAGGCAGCAGCAAAUUACCCCAGAGCCAUGGAAGGUCUGAUCACAAUUUUAGUGCAAGUCAAUGAAUCUGCUGGCAUCUCGGCUGGAGAGCACAGUCUUGAAUCCAUCAAAAAUUCAUCUCUCGCGAUCGCAAACUUCUACGCCUUGAACUUUCUACUGUUAGGAGAAUGGAUGGACUGGUAUGUGCGAAAGGCCAAGUGCCGGCUGCUGAAUAGUCCAAGCCUCGACCCUUGCUCGGACUUUGAAGGCUUGCUUCGCAAUAUUCAAACAUGUGCCAAGGAUAUUGCGCGCGCGUCCACCGAUGGGAUGGAUCUGGAUACCUGUGAUGAGGAAGUAAAUGGGGUGCUCCAGAAACCUGAUCGCCAUUUGUGGGAGCAAGCUCGCUUAAGCCAGGCCGGUUUGCAAAAGUGGGAUCGUCGUUUCGCCUCGCAGAGCGCAAUUACUCGCCAGGUUAUCUGGGAAAUUCAGCAUGAUGCUUCCGAGCGAGCUCGCCUGAGGGUUGAGAGAGAUGCGCAUCUGUCGAAGCUGUUGGACUCGGCUAGCCAGCGGUUGCGGCCUACCAAUGAACAACAGAGUGGUAUAGCAUGUUUGACGACUGCGGCGACUCGAGAUUUAGAUGGGUCGAGAUUUCAUUGGUUGAAGGGGCCUAAACGCAAAUACACCCGAGUCGAUUUGCAGUUCGCUUCAAAACACCUCGAGGAUUUCUUCGACAGCGACGAUCAGAUGGCCGACUUUGAUGCCGAGGUGAAUGUUGUCGCUGAAGAUAGCGUGGUCAAGUCUCUGCAGCAAUGGGCUACCGAUCCACAUUCACAGAUGCUUGCCGUGGCUGGAUCUCCGAGCACCGAUCCUCCUUGCCCUGUUGCGCUCUUCUCCGCGUGCUUCGCCAGUUUCUCCCGACAAGCACGGCUGCCCGCUGUCUCCCACUUCUGCUCCAUUCCCGACGCGACUGUGGAAGGAUUGACUCAGUCUCAGCAGGGCCUCAUUGCUCUUGCUUACAGUAUGAUUCGGCAGUUGAUCGACUAUCUCCCGCCCGUUUUGGAAAGUCACGAAGGGUGUGAUUUGAGCCAGGAGCGCUUCGCGUCUCUGAACGGCACGCUUUCCUCGUGGACAAUCGUCCUCUCUUUGAUCGACGCUCUCCUGCACUAUGCGCCUCCUCUUCUGGUCUGCGUGAUCGAUGGCCUCGACAUUCUCCACGAUGAAUCCACCGAUCCACAUAUCCGCUCUUUCGUCCGCACUCUGAUGACACAUACCAAACACCAAGCGGACGCGAUACCGGACGGGACCGCAGGUCAAAAUGUACUUCUCAAGGUGCUCUUUACCGUGGCUGGACGGCCCAGUGCUUUGGUGGAGACUCUCUCCGAGGACCAACUCAUCCUAAAUAGUGAGUCAAAUGGGGUGAACCAACCAGCCUCCGCGGAUGCAGCCCCGACUCCGGACGUGGGAGUCGUUCUAAUGAACGCAUAG